CGCAAUAAUCGCUGAUCUAUCGGAGCCGGGAUGCAACUGUCAUCUGCCAUCGCACUUUACGCUGCGUGUGACUGAUUGUCACGAGGUUUGCACGACGUAAGAUCGGGAUGGGAAAUCUUAUGUCCUACCCUUUGCAGCCCGAGAUCAUCAGCUACCACAGGCCCCAAGAUUAUAAUUCAUUCGGGGAAAGGAAAAACAUUCCAAAAGAAGAAAACGUCAUAGAAAAACUUCACUAUGCUCACUUAGAAGAGGUUUUCGCAAGCCGCCAAAACAGCAACACUCGGCGAAAGCUUUUAGAUGUUUCCGAUGAAGAGUAUGCUAAAAAGUUUCCUCAGUGGUCUCCUGCUGAGAUAAGCAAUUUUAAAGCGCAAUUUCUAAUCUUUGAUUCUAACCGCGAUGGCAUUCUCGACUUCAUCGAGAUGAACAGCGUUUUAGAUGAAUUCGGAGAAUCAAGUAAACCUAACGAACGCUGGCGAUGUUUCAACUCUAUGGACAUUGACCAUUCUGGUACGGUCGAUUUUGAAGAGUUUUUGAUUGUAAUUAGUAGAUUGCAAAGAGCCGACAAAAAAGAUCCUGUAGAAGAAAAUAUCCUGAACAUCGUAACUCGUGGAGCUCGUCAAGUUGCAAAGCUACGGAACAUGAGUGUUUCGCAACAAAUUGCGGAUGGCUUAUUUUAAUGUUUUUUUUACUAAACGUGUUUGUUUUCUGUAUAUUGAAUAUUAUCGCUCCUUGCGCAAAUUUCAUUUGAAUAAAAUUUAAAUGCUUUUUGUGCAGUGUCUGGCACGAAAGAGCAACGUACAAA